UUAACCUGACCUUUUUAUAAGACUUGAAAUGAAAUGAAUUCCUAUCUCUCAAACAUUAAAACAGUUCUUUGAGUUGUAGUAAUAAAGAAAGAAAAGAUAUUUUUAAAAGAACAAAAACAAAAAAGAAGAAAACAGAAUCUUGGACUCUUCAGUUUUAAGGGUGUCGUGGUUUACCACCGGUUUGUUGCACUUCCUUAUUCUGCUCAGUUUGUGAGCUCGGUUUCUCUAUAAAGGAACACUGAAGGCCCUUGUGAACAUAUACAAUAUUGCAUACAUCAUCUAUAGAAGAGGCAAUUACAGUCUUUUGAAUGCAAGCAUCACAGCGAUAUAGUAGGUCAGCAAUGUCUGAUACUAUUUACAUUCAGCCUGUUCCGAAAGAAGAGGCCUGCUAUCUUCCUCAGUUUCAAAAGUUAGACAACCAGCUGAGCAGUAUUAAUCGAAGCGAAGCAGACAACUACUCUGUUCAAACUUAUUCUGAUCGGUAUUGCACGCUGGAGUCCUUCUCACCUACUGGCAGGUAUGCUGUUCAGAACACAGCAUCAGCUGUCAGCUUCACUCCAAAUGGAAGUCCAAUUUCCCAUCAAGAAUCUCAGUCAUGCUUAUCAGAUGGACAUUCCACCUCCCCAGUAAGCGGGUCCUGCAUCAUAGAUGACGUGAAUGAUUUCAUGCACAAGUUAAAAGAAUUGGAAACUGUAAUGUUGGGACCCGAUUCAGACAUUCUGGAGAGUUCUGAUAAUUCCCUGCCGAGCUGUAUGACCUCUCCAGAAAUUGACUGUUGGAGACAAAUGAUGGAGGCGAUACCUAGAGGGGAUUUGAAACAUGUGCUUAUUGCAUGCGCAAAAGCAGAAGCAGAUGGUGAUUUGCUUACAGCUCAGUGGUUGAUAUCAGAGUUACGUCAAAUGGUGUCAGUAUCAGGGGAACCAAUUCAGCGACUCGGAGCAUAUAUCCUUGAAGGGCUUGUAGCAAGGUUAGCAGCAUCAGGAAGUUCCAUAUACAGAUCUCUAAGAUGCAAAGAACCAGCUAGUUUUGAACUGCUUUCAUACAUGCAUAUUCUGCAUGAGAUUUGCCCAUACUUCAAAUUUGGAUACAUGUCGGCUAAUGGUGCCAUUGCAGAAGCAGUGAAGGAUGAAAAUAGAGUUCAUAUAAUCGAUUUCCAAAUAGCUCAAGGGAGCCAGUGGGUUACUCUAAUCCAAGCUUUUGCAGCUCGGCCUGGAGGUCCACCUCAUAUCCGCAUAACGGGUAUUGAUGAUUCUACAUCAGCCUAUGCACGUGGAGGAGGACUUAAUAUUGUUGGCAAGAGGCUUUCUAAGCUUGCUGAGUCCUUCAAGGUGCCUUUCGAGUUUCAUGCUGUUGCCAUAUCUAGUUCUGAUGUUCAGCUAGAGAACCUUGGAAUUCGACCUGGCGAAGCACUGGCUGUAAAUUUGGCAUUUGUGUUACAUCACAUGCCAGACGAAAGUGUGAGCACUGAAAAUCACCGGGAUAGAUUAAUACGGCUGGUUAAGAGCUUGAAUCCCAAGGUGGUUACCCUUGUUGAGCAAGAAUCUAAUACAAAUACUGCAGCUUUCUUUCCUCGAUUCCUUGAAACUUUAAAUUACUAUACAGCCAUGUUUGCAUCAAUCGAUGUGACUCUUCCGAGGGAGCAUAAGGAGCGGAUCAAUGUUGAGCAGCAUUGUUUGGCAAGAGACAUUGUUAACAUCAUCGCAUGCGAGGGGAUUCAGAGGGUGGAGCGGCAUGAGCUUCUUGGUAAGUGGAAGUUACGGUUUAGAAUGGCUGGUUUCAGCCCAUAUCCGUUGAGUUCGUUGGUGAAUGCUACUAUAAAGAAUUUGCUAGAAAACUACUGCGAUAAAUAUCGGCUUGAAGAAAGAGAUGGAUCUUUGUACCUUGGUUGGAUGAACAGAGAUUUGGUUGCUUCUUGUGCGUGGACGUAGAGUUUGAAAGGGCUGGGGAUGAAUUUAGGAGUCUUUUUGCAAGCCGUAUGUGGUGAGAGUCACACGGACCCAUAUAUAUAGGAACAGUAAAAGAAUCAUCUUGACACUAAACCAGAUCGAGCCCAGGAUCCUUUUGGAAAUGGGAAGAUCUAGUUAUUCUUAGUAGCAGGCUGUGUGGAACCUUUAGUUUUCUUGUCAUUUUGUCACUAGCCAAUUACUCCCCCUCUUUAGUUGGGAAUGGCUUAAGAAAAAAUAAGGUUCCUCCACAUUUUAUCCACUUAAUCAAUCAAUCAAUCAAAGCUUCUUUCUUGGAAA